UCUGGGGGGCGGGGCGGGGGCAAGUGUGGCUUUUCCGCCUUAUUGUCCCCUAUCGCCGGCGGGACACCGCGCAGGCUGCCGGCACCAUGAAGAUCUGGACUUCAGAGCACGUCUUUGACCACCCAUGGGAAACCGUUACGACAGCCGCAAUGCAGAAAUACCCAAACCCUAUGAACCCGAGCGUGGUUGGGGUUGAUGUGCUGGACAGACACGUGGAUCUCUCUGGAAAGCUGCAUAGCCAUAGACUUCUCAGCACAGAGUGGGGACUGCCUUCCAUUGUGAAAUCUCUCAUUGGUGCUGCAAGAACUAAAACAUACGUGCAAGAACAUUCUGUAGUUGAUCCUGUAGAGAAGACAAUGGAACUUAAAUCUACUAACAUUUCAUUUACAAAUAUGGUUUCAGUAGAUGAGAGACUUAUAUACAAACCACAUCCUCAGGACCCAGAAAAAACUGUUCUGACUCAAGAAGCUAUAAUCACUGUGAAAGGAGUCAGUCUCAGCAGUUACCUGGAAGGACUCAUGGCAAGUACGAUAUCUUCAAAUGCUAAUAAAGGCCGAGAAGCAAUGGAAUGGGUAAUACAUAAAUUAAAUGCUGAGAUUGAAGAAUUGACGGCUUCGGCGAGGGGGAGCAUAAGGACACCGAUGGCAGCAGCGGCAUUUGUAGAGAAAUGAGGAUGAAAAUCAGUACCCAACAUCUGCCCCCCAGGUAGAAAUGUAAAGCUCUUCAUGCAUUGGAACUCGACCUGGCUUUGGACCAACCCCAGAAAAAAGCAGAGCCACCUAAACACCUACAAUUGCCCUGCUGUGGUAAGCUGCAAGAACUUGCAUGAGGAAAUGCUCUGUAAAAGGAGAAAGUCUAGUUUGAGAAAACCUAUUAAUUUGUAUAAAAUAACUUGCCCUUCUAUAAAGCACCAUUAAGAACCACAGUGUUUUUUGUUUUGGUACUUAAAUGACAUUUUUGGAAAUGAAAAUUAUCACUAAAAUAAUACAUGCCUCCAACAAACAAGCAAAAAAGGAUUUUAGCCUGUUAAAAGAGUACUGUAUUAAUUUGCCAAAGUUUUUUAACUUAGGAAAGGCAUUACCUUCCUUGGAUUUGUACUUUAUGACUUAGUAUGCUAUACCGUGGGCUGGUGAUGUUCACUGAAAAAAUAAAGUCAUUACCGGAAUUUUGCAGCACUCUGAACUUAAACAGAAGAACAGCUGUUCACAUCUUUUAGCAUUUCACAUUUGCCUAACUUAUAAAUUGCCAUGUGUCAAAAUCAUGGCUCUGUAAUUGCUAAAGCAUGAUAUGUCAGGUUAUUUGAAUAUAAUUACUUUUUGAAGUAAUUGUGACCACAAAACAUCUUUUUCACAUGAAGAGCUGUACGUCAUUUGAAAUUACUCAAACGAUGUCUUUCUGAAGCAUAAAUCCCAGGUACUCAGUGUUUUUAAUAAUACAGUGCAACUGCGGGGGAUGGGGGCGGUGGGGAAGAAAAAAGGAAUAAUAAUGAGAAGAAAAGCAUUGACCUAAACCAACCACCAUGUGAAUUGCUUUGCAGCUUUUAUUUGUGGGAAAUCAAUUUUGGAUGCUAAGGGGCAGCUGCAGUCUGGAAAACAAUCCAGUACAUGUAUUUCAUAUUUUGUAGCGGCAGUUAUGGACCAGGAAAGACUGUCUUUGAUACUUGCAGUUGUUGCACACGGAGUGUUUUUUGUUGAAAGGUGAUUAGCUCUUGCCUUGAUCUUACCGUGCUAAUGUAAUAUACCCUUCAGGUUUCCUGUAGAGGAAACCAGUUAGUAUAUAUACAUAAACCAGAGAAAUGGUAUAGCAAACUAUUUAAAAAUUAGUGUUUUUCUACUUAAAAUGUUGUUUAGCUUAAGACUUCUUAGGACAUUUGUAAAAGCAACUUAAAUCCAGUAAGGUUUUUGAUUAUUUUUUGUAACCGGAGAUGGUUUUUACAAAUAACAUUUCAAUUAAACAAAACAUAGCAAAAUAUUGAUCUUUGAUUAAAAAGUUGCUUUGUAUAAUUUCUGUGAAUUAUACUUGUUCUGAAAAAGGUGUAAUGCCCUAAUGAUAAAAAGAUUUCUAAACAAA